UCAUCUUCGACACUAGAAGUUAACCCUCAGGGAUUGAAAUUUCAUCAAAAGGUCAGUUUCUGAUAUCGCAUUUUCCCACAAAUUGGAGCGAAGAAAUCGGAAAUGGCGUUGAGCUUAGCCGCUACUUCGUCAUCUUCAACAACAAAUUUGAGUUACGUUUCAUUCCGAUUUAAAAACCCUAAAGUCUGUCCACCUGUUGCUCUGUUAAGCUUAACGUCUCCCUCCUACGAUUCUCCGAGAGGAUCGCUUCGCAUUUCCGCCGACGCAGCACCAAAAGUUCGAUUCAUUGCUCGCCGGAAGGAAUCCGUGUCGGUGCGGCAGCUUCAGAGACCUCUGAUGGAGUAUAUGAGCUUGCCGGCGAGCCAGUACUCGGUGUUGGAUGCGGAGAGGAUAGAACGGGUGGAUGAUAAUACCUUCAGAUGUUAUGUGUAUAGGUUUAAGUUCUUCGCAUUUGAAGUGUGUCCAGUUCUGUUGGUGAGAGUUGAUGAGCAGCCUGAUGGAUGCUCUAUUAACCUCUUGUCUUGUAAGCUCGAGGGCUCACCUAUUGUUGUCGCUCAAAAUGAUAAGUUUGAUGCUUCUAUGGUGAAUCGAAUAUCCUAUGAUGGCAAUCGAAGAGACUCAGCAGUGCAGAAACUCACUUCAGAUGCAGUUAUUGAGGUUAACAUUGAAAUUCCCUUUGCAUUUCGAGCACUUCCAGUCCAAGCAAUUGAAUCAACCGGAGCUCAGGUCCUAAACCAGAUACUAGGGGUCAUGCUUCCUCGGUUUAUGGCUCAGCUAGUGAAGGACUACCAAGCUUGGGCUAAGGGAGACACUUCAAGGCAGCCUCUAGGGACUGGCCAAAUUUAAGAUUGUAAGACUGUUUUAUAUUUGACAUAAACAUAUGCUAUUACGUGUUGUCCCAAAUUGCUUUAGACUCGUUUCUAGUAGAGAACAAUGAUACCAUAUAUCUAUCUAUCUUCGUUCAACUCCCAUUCACCAAUGCAAACUAGUUGUGUUCUUU